AUGGUGGUGGUCGUGGUGGCGGUUGUGGUAGUGGUCAAGGUGGUGGUGUCCAUCGCGGUGGUGGUGGUGGUGGUGGCAAUUGUUAUCAUGGUGGUGGUGGUUAUGGUAGUGGUAGCCGACAUGGGUGUCGUGGCGGUGGUCGUGCUGGUGGUCGUGGGGUUGGUGGCUGUGGUGCUGGUGGUGCUUGUGUUGGUGCUGGUGGAUGUGCUGGUGAUGGCCGUGGUGGUGGUGCCGUGGAGUGGUGGGUCUUGUUGUGAUGGUGGGGGUCAUUGUCGGGUGGGUGGUGGUGGUAGUGGGUGUGGUGGUGGUGAUUGUUGUGGGGUUGGCCAUGGUGGUGGUGGUGGUCGUCGUGUUUGGGGUGGUGGAUUACAGUUUGGUCUCGUAAGAACAAGUUUAGGGUUAAAGAUUCAGGGUUUAUGGUUUAGGGUUUAUGGUUUAGGGUUCACGAUUCAGGAUUCAGGGUUUAGGGUUUAG